AUGGAUCAUGAUUGGGUUCCCUUAGUCUUCUUAAUCUACAUGAUUCUCUUCCUCUCUUUCUCCGUCGCUGACCCACCACAACAAGAUGACCCCAUGCAACCCGAUUUAACGUGCGACUAUAAUGAUCACAAGGAGACCUCUUCCUCCUCCCAAGUCCAAAAUCAACCCAAUUUCGAUGUGGCCAUGGAUAAUCUCACGAAUCUAGUCGAGAAACAACAAUGGGGAUUAUUUUCACUUGAAACCGACCAGGGUUUGCCAAUCUUUUCCUUGGCCCAAUGUUUUAAGGAUCUCUCUGCAGGCGAUUGUAACGUCUGCUUUGCAGAUGCUCGCCAGCAACUCUCUAAAUGCAUUCCUUCCGCCCGUGGCCGAAUCUACUCGGAUGGUUGCUUUAUAAGGUACGACACAUAUAAAUUCUACGAGGAGAUCAUCCACACGGUAUUCGAUCACCAUAUAUGCGACGAGGUUCCCACAGCUGUGGUGGGACAGAAAGAUGUUGCCUUACAGUUUGAGGACAGGGCUGACAUGUUGGUAGAAAGUGUUAUAGACGCAGCUAAGGUGAUGCCAUCUGGCGGUUUUGGAAACGCGAGGCAGAGAGAUACCGUGCCUGCUGUUUACGCGAUGGGGCAGUGCUGGAACACUCUCAAUGGAACAGGCUGUCAGAGUUGUUUGGAGAGCGCUUGGAAGGAUGUAAUGGGAUGCCUCCCUAGUUGUGGAAGAGCAUUCAAUGCUGGCUGCUAUUUGAGAUAUUCCAGUAAGAAAUUCUUCGUUUCUUACAAUGAUGAUGAUGAUGAGGGUGGAGUUUAUAACGAUCAAAACUAUGCCAAAUAUGGAUUAUCAGAGACAUGGUUAGUUACAGGGUGCGCAAUCGGAAUGUUCAUAGUCGUUGGCGUGUGGGUUGGUUAUGCAAACCGGAGAAGACAAACUGCUAACAAGACACUAGUCCGCAUUCCUUCUGCAACAGAAAAGUCCGGCUUGAACUUCAAGUAUGAAGAGCUGGAAAAAGCCACUGAUUCCUUCAGUGCAUCGAUGAAACUGGGAAAAGGAGCUUCAGGCGCCGUAUACAAGGCAACUCUUCCAAAUGGGAGAACAGUUGCAGUCAAAAGGUUAUUGUACAAUACAAGGCAAUGGGCAGACGAUUUCUUCAAUGAAGUCCAUUUGAUUCACGGAUUUCAGCAUAAGAACCUAGUUAAGCUUCUAGGUUGUAGUAUCGAAGGAGCAGAUUCAAUGCUAGUUUAUGAAUACAUGCCUAACAGUUUAGAUCAUCUCUUCUUUGAUAAAAAUGAUGCGCAAGAAUUAAGCUGGAAGCAAAGAUUUAAUAUCGUAUUAGGGAUUGCUGAAGGACUAGAACACUUACAUGAAGGUACUGAUGUGAAGAUCGUCCAUAGAGAUAUCAAAAGCAGUAAUAUUCUCCUCGAUGAGAAUUUAGUUCCGAAGAUAGCCGAUUUUGGUCUUGCUAGAUCUACUAACAAUGAACGAUCUCACAUUAGCACAGGAAUUGCAGGCACAUUGGGAUACAUGGCUCCUGAAUAUCUUCUUCGUGGACAGUUAUCGGAGAAAGCAGAUGUGUAUGCUUUUGGUGUUCUCGCUCUUGAGAUCGGUUGCGGCAAGAAGAACAACGCCUUCGCCAAUGAUUCAGACUCCGUUCUGCUAAAUGUAUGGAAGAUGUAUAAAUCGAAUAGAAUCACGGAAUCCAUUGAUUGUUGCAACUUAGAAGACGAGUAUCAACAGGAUCAAGCAAUAAAGGUGCUUAAAGUUGGACUUCUCUGUUGUCAAUCUUCUCCUCCAUUAAGGCCAUCAAUGGGGGAAGUAGUUAGGAUUCUGAUCGGCUUGUCAACUGUGAUUCCUACUCCUAAACAGCGACCAUUCCUCAAUGCUAGCUUUAUAGCAGGAACAGGAACUCAGUCAGAUGAUACAACCACUACUUUCACUAUGAAGAAUCCAUUAUCGUCUUCUUCAACAGUUGGAAAUCAUCCAGAAUCUGCCGCAAUACCUAAAUUAGAUGAAUCAUCAUCUGAUGACAUUGUUUAGUUGUUUAAAUAUAUUUCGUUUACUUUAAAUAUUUCUGUUAUUUCUUCAACGCUGAAAUUUAAUU